AUGUGGACUUGGUUCCUGGUUGUGUCAGCUUGUGUCCUGUUGGCUUACGUCCUGUGGAGUGGAAUGUUAAGUCUUCCAGGCACAAGUUUGUCAAGUAGAGAUACUGAAAUUCUGCAAGCGUUCCGGGCCCAGAUGAAUAAACUAAAAAACACUUACCAAAGUCAGGAUCCCAACCUGUGGAGAAGAACUCGUGUGCUUCUUGAGAAACAUCUGAAUGCCUCUCACCUGCGUUUGGAGCCGGCCAUCUUGCUGCUCACAGCUGGCCGGGAGGCUGAGAAGGCUCUGAGCUGCCUGAGUAACGAGAUUGCUGACGCUUUUGCCAUCUCCCAGAACGCUACGACCAUCAAAAUCAACGGGGCAGACAAGGCCAUACUGGAUAGUGACAUUGUCAAGCUGGAGGUGGAUAAAGAGCUCAGCUCUGGGUUCAGAGAGGGCAAGAAGGUGGCGGUGGUGCAUCGGUUUGAGUUACUGCCUGCAGGCUCCACCUUAAUCUUUUACAAGUACUGUGACCACGAAAAUGCAGCAUUUAAGGAUGUGGCUCUUCUGCUGACUGUGUUGCUAGAUGAUCAGUCACUGAGAAAGAGCCUCACCUUGCAAGAAGUUGAGGAGAAAGUCCGGGAUUUCCUCUGGGAGAAGUUUACCAGCUCAGAUGUUCCUAGUUCUUACAAUAGCAUGGACACAGAUAAGCUGAGUGGACUGUGGAGCCGUAUCUCUCAUCUUGUGUUGCCUGUUUGGCCUGAAAAGGGCCUCCCUGUUGGGGGAUGUGCAUAA